AUGGCUUCUAGAUCGUCUGGUCGCGGUAACCCCGAUUCUAAAGGCUUUGAUUUUGCUUCUGAUGACAUCUUAUGCUCCUACGAAGACUUUUCCAACAGGGAUUCCAAUUCCAAUGGCAAUCACAACGAUUCUAUAAUCGCCCCUACUUCAACCACAGAUUUUCACAAAUCAAGGGUAGCAAGGACAUCUGUUUUUCCUGUUACUGCCUAUAAUCCACUUGAAGAUUCUUUAAGCCAAGAUGUGAUUGCAACUGUAGAGAAGAGUAUGAAGAAAUAUGCUGACAACCUCAUGCGAUUUCUCGAGGGAAUUAGUUCAAGGCUCUCACAGUUGGAGUUAUAUUGCUACAAUCUUGACAAAUCUAUUGGAGAAAUGAGAUCUGAUUUAAAUCGCAACCACAGGGAGAAAGAUUUAAAGCUCAAAUAUCUUGAAAAUCAUCUUCAGGAAGUUCACCGGUCAGUACAAAUUUUAAGAGACAAGCAAGAGUUAGCUGAGACUAAAAAAGAACUAGCCAAGCUUCAACCUGCUCAGAAGGAAUCUCCUUCCUCAAGCCAUUCACAGUCCAAUGAGGACAGAUCACCUUCUGCAGAUCCUAAAAAAACUGAUAAUGCAUCUGAUGCGAACAACCAUCAGUUAGCUCUUGCCCUUCCUCAUCAAAGUACUCCUCAGCAGCAGCCUGCAGGAUCCCCAUCCCAAGUUCCUUCGCAUCAAAUUAUGAAGAUAUGA